GCCUUCACUCGAUCCUCAACCCUCACCGGGCAUAUGAAAACUCAUACUGAAGAGAGGCCUUAUAUAUGUAAGGAGUGUGGGAAGGCCUUUACUUAUUCCUCAAACCUUAGUCGGCAUAUAAGAAUUCACAAAGGAGAGAAGCCUUAUGGAUGUAAGCUAUGUGGAAAGGCCUUCUCUGUGUCCUCAAGCCUUGAUGUGCAUAUGAGGAUUCACAAUGGAGAGAAGCCUUAUGGAUGUAAGGUUUGUGGAAAGGCCUUUGUUAAUUCCUCAAGACUUACCUGCCAUAUGAGAAUUCACACUGGAGAGAGACCAUAUGUUUGUAAGGAAUGUGGGAAGGCCUUUGUUGAAUCCUCAGGUCUUACUCGGCAUAUGAGAAUUCACAAUGGAGAGAAGCCUUAUGGAUGUAAGGUUUGUGGAAAGGCCUUUGUUAAUUCCUCAAGACUUACCUGCCAUAUGAGAAUUCACACUGGAGAGAGACCAUAUGUUUGUAAGGAAUGUGGGAAGGCCUUUGUUGAAUCCUCAGGCCUUACUCAACAUAUGAGAAUUCACAAUGGAGAGAAGCCUUAUGGAUGUAAGGUAUGUGGAAAGGCCUUUGUUUCUUCCUCAAGCCUCAAUAUGCAUAUGAGAAUUCACAAUGGAGAAAAGCCUUAUGGAUGUAAGGUAUGUGGAAAGGCCUUUGUUGUAUCCUCAAGCCUUCUCUGCCAUAUGAGAAUUCACACUGGAGAGAGACCAUAUGUUUGUAAGGAAUGUGGAAAGGCCUUUGUUGUAUCCUCAGGUCUUACUCGACAUAUGAGAAUUCACAAUGGAGAGAAGCCUUAUGGAUGUAAGGUAUGUGGAAAGGCCUUUGUUUCUUCCUCAAGCCUCAAUAUGCAUAUGAGAAUUCACAAUGGAGAAAAGCCUUAUGGAUGUAAGGUAUGUGGAAAGGCCUUUGUGGAAUCCUCAACCCUCAUUCGCCAUAUGCGACAGCACACUGGGGAGAGACCUUAUAUUUGUAAGGAGUGUGGGAAGGCCUUUGUUUCUUCCUCAACCCUUACUCGUCAUGUGAGAAUUCACACUGGAGAGAAACCAUUUGUUUGUAAGGAAUGUGGGAGGGCCUUUCAUCAGGCCUCCGGCCUAAUUGUGGAUCGUGAGGUGUGA